AUGAUCUCCUUGCUCCUUGACUUUGGCGCUCGAGUCAACGCAACGAACAAGAACGGGCGGACUGCGCUUAUGGAAGCCUGCCUUUGGGGUAGGCUGGAGAAUGUAAAGAUACUGCUUUCUCGGGGUGCCGAUCGAUCAUUGCGUGAUAACAAAAAUCAACGAGCCCUGAAUCUUACCAAACCAACUCAUAAGAACCGCAAAGAAAGGCACACGGUUGGGGGUGGGGUCUGGGGCGAUCCGAAAGAGCCAAUAUACAAGGAAGAUGUCGUCAACCGAGAUAUUGAUCGACGAGAGAUUGCGCGCAUCCUUGACGAGGGAGAUUUGCACACCAAGGCAGAUCUCGUACUACAAUAUCCCGACACAGCCUCUCACUCCUUCAGAAGGUCAUCUACUGGCCAAUCGGUCACUCUUUAUGGUCCAAUUCGACAGUAUCCCAUAUCUACAUCUUACAAGACAAUUGCUUUGCUAGAAAGGGGCAUUCCUUUCCCAUCUAUAGCGGCAAUGAGUGGCUGGGGACACUCACAAUGGCCUUCAACACGGGUGAGCGGCAAGGAUUGGACUGAUAGGGUCCUGAAACUAGCCACCAUCGUUGGUCAUACUCUCGCUGUUGAUGCUCGCAAGGACCACGGUAUCCAGGGACAGUUUUUUGCGUCCCACGCGGAAAAGCAACUGAUCGCUUAUUUUCUCGACCGACAUGUUUUUCUAGAAGAGGACAAGAAGCUUGACUCCCGGUUUGAUAAAGAAAUCGCAGAUGAAAAUUUGAAAAUAUCGGAACUGGAGUCUAUAUACCCUAGCAUCCCCCGACUCUAUCAGCUCCAAUAUGAUAGAAAGCAACUUGAAUUUAAGCUAUUUGACAAAGACGAUCGAUUACUUGGGGACGAAUAUGACGAGGCACUGGUCCAGCGCUUGAAACGUGAAGUGUCAAUUGUUGAUGAUGAGAUUGCCCUCCUUGGAACUCGUCCCGAAAUCCGGAAAUUAAAGGCUCGAGAGGGUCAGAUACAGCUUUGGGAAGAUAAGAAAACACUUCAGAGACGCCUCAACCGCAUUUCAACAAUGGAGCCAGAAGCUACUUUGCGUGGGGCAAGUAUUCUGAUAACCUCUCCCAGCCGUAAAAUUUGUGAGGAUUGUCUGCUAUUUAAAGACAGAGUGAACUGCUUUUUCGGUCUAUCGAUCGAGUUACGUGAGUGUACAGCGUGA